AUGUCGGGGCAGACUCCGGCAACCCCAACACCGGCUCCUCCAGCCAUCGACACGUCUUUUCUUCCACUCACAUCGGGCCAAGAUGACGUCCCCUUCCCCCUCGUAGACGACGGUGCGGGUCAUGGCGAUCAGGAAGCCACCCUCGAGGCUCUCCGCGCAGCCUUUAGCGAAUCUCACGACAACACCGUUGCAGCCGACGCGGCUCAGGCUGUUCCUGCUACGCUGCACUCGUCAGGCGUGGGCGUUCCAUCGGAGUCCGACUUGCCUCCCCCAACGUUGGUGCCCGCCUCCCAGGUCCAGGUGCAAAGCAUCGACAAGGCCGUGUCCCAGCUCCAGCAGCUGAGUGCCGCGAACCAGUCUAUCGUCGAUCAGAUGGAUGCGCCGCGUAUCCUCCAAGGACUCAUGGCCAGCUACCGACUCUUGUAUGAGGGCCACAGGCGACAGACUGAGCUGGUCAAGAACAUUAUCGCCAGUAUCGAGGGUCGCGGACCGCCAACUAUCGACCCUGCGUUUGCCAUCUCCUACGUCCCUCGCAGCGAGUACGAUUCCCUCAAGGCCCGCUACGAUGCUUUGGUCAGCACCUCGAGCCUCCCUUCCGGAUCGGGAUCUUCCCGCCGCACCCGCAUUCUCAAGAGCGUGACUCUUGAUGAUGGCGAUCACGACCGCCUGCGUGAUGGCGGCAGCGCGACACCGUUCGUGGACGAAGAGAAGCGCCUCGGCGGCGGUGGCCGCAAGCGCCGUUCCAUGAAGCUCGAGCACUUGGUUCACAAGAUGGCCAACCGCCGCCUGGGUGUCGAGUACCCCGUGAGCGCAUUCGAGUCCAAGGGCACGCGCGAUUUGCCCGAUCCGGCGAGCAUCCCUGCCAUGGCAGCCGAGAGUGUCAAUGCCGUCGACGAGUUCCGCCCCGACUUCCGCGCCGACGUGAGCUCGAACACGGUCCGUCCCUUCCUCGACACGGUUAUUACCGAUUGCAAGACCACUUGGAACGAGAGCUACGCCGCCGACGAGCCCGAGGUCGAUGAAGACCAGAUUGUCAAGUCUGUCCACACAUACUGGACGCGUCUCGGCAAGCGCUACGACGAGCAGUUGACCCGCGAGCGCGGUGAAGUCCACAAGGACGAGAUUACCCGCCGCAAGCAGAACCAGUACCGUCGCCAGCAGUCGCUUGUGGCCCGUCGCACUGCUGCCUUUGACUCUUCCCCACUCAACCUCUGCAAGUUGCGUGCACUUUACCGUACCCUCCUCACGAUCGACUUUGCAUCAAUGACCAACGAACGUCCCGACCUCAAGCGCGAAUACACCGAAGAUGAGUGGAAUGCGUACCGCAAGCUCCAGUGCGGUACUCGCUCGGCCGAUGCCCACGAGGUCGUCGACCAGUUCUGGCUCUCGGCCAACGCCCGCUCUCUUCUCAACAUUCUUGACGUCUACUCGCUCGACCAGGCCACCAAGAUGCGUCGCAAGGGCCGCCCCAAGCAGCCUGCCCCUACUUUCCACAUGCCAUCCGAGCUCUGGGACCGCUCCAACCUCCCCCUCCUGCGUCCGAAAGAUGCCCAAGGUCUCCCCGUCUCAGGUGCUGGCGGUAUCAUCCUGUUCAAGUUCCAUAUCGACGAAAAGGUCCAGCAAGACUACCCAGACUGGGCACAGGGUCUCUAUGACAACCCUCCGGUUCCCGAGGAGGACCGUCUCCUCCCCAACCUCACUGACGUGAUGAGUGCCAACGCAUUCUACCACCUCAAGCCACGUGUCCGCCAGUCGCGCGAUGCAGCCAUUAUCGUCCGCCUCUCGCCCGAGGAAGUUCAGGAUGUCCUCACUCGUCCCGACACGGACCAGACCCCUAUCGGCACUGGCACCCUCGACGAGUCUGUCGUCGCUGCCUCAGUCGCUGCGGCGGCUAGCGGUGGCGACCCUGAUGCGUCCUUUGACCUCUCCACCGCCGACUUUAUGUCUGCCCGUGGUCUCGAGUCCAUUGUCGCCCUCGCCUCGUCUCAGCUCGUCAACCCCUUCGCCACGCCCGCCCACCCUACAGGCGUGCCCGCGUCGGCCCACUUCCCUCCCAACCUCCAAGCAACCCACGCUGCGCUCAUGCCUUACGGCGUGGAUGUGUCGCCCGCAACCACUGCUGGCGGAACCAUCCAUGGGCCUUCUCCCGGCUCGUCGGUUCGCGCACGCAGGCAGGCCAAGCGUAUGAUGUCCGAGGUCCCCGGAGGGGCCGCUACCCCCGUGGCCAAGAAGAGGCGACCCGCGGGCGAGCCCGAACCCGAGGUCGAUCUCAGUGGUGACGCGAGCUUCCUCGAUUCGCUCUGA